AGACUUUGUUUUAAAAGUUCUUCGUUAAAUUAUAUCCCGUCCUAUUUCUUCACACGUUACCUGGCAUAUCCGUUUUAUUCAGUUUCUUUUGUGCUUCAAUAAAUACAAACAGCAUUUGUCAUCUUUUUUUGCGUAAUCAAUUGUGUACGCCAUAAACCAAUAAAUUUAAAUUCGUGUUGGUUGGUUGUUCAUAAUGCACAAAAGUGAAGUACAGACGUUAUCCGUUCCAAUUGAGGUUGCACAAGAAUAUGUUUCGAAGCUACUUGGGUUUGCACCUCUUCAACUUUCAGAUGAUUUAUACAAUGUGAUCAUUACUCAUUUGGGACAAAUGAUAGAUGAAUUCAGUGAGAAGUUAUCAGAUAAAUUUGGAUUAAAAUUUACAUCAGAAAAACUUCAGUCGCUCACUUACUACUUAAAAGAAAGACUUGAAGACCGUCUUGUAGACAUGUUUGAUUCUUUCGAUAUAUUUUUAGUCAGUAAAGUACUGUAUCUGAAUUCUUCAGUAGUUCUCAAAGAUGAUGAACUCCAGUUAGAAUACUCUGAAAAACGUGACAAAGCUAUUGAAAAUCGUAUUAUCACUUACACGAAUAGAAUUACAAUACUUAAAACAUGCCUAACAAAAAUUGAAAAAGAAACAGCUAAAAUCAACUCCAUUGUAGAUAAUAUAAAGAAUAUGAAGAAUCACAUCAAUCAAACUUUGGAAAAUGUAUAUGGUGUCAAAUCAGUCGAUGAAUUAUGCCUUUCAAUGUAUGAACGGAACAAUUCAAUAAAUCGAUUAUAUACUGUUCUAACUAAUAUGAAUGUAUCCAAUCCUAAUUUUCUAUCAAUUUGUCCACCUUUAAAGAAAACAAAAAAACAUAACCGCAAAUAAUUUCUGUUUAUGUAUUUCAUUGAAAGAGAUAUGUAUUUACUGUACCAUAUGAUUAUAUAUAUAUAUAUACCUUGUGUAGUAAUAUGUAAUUCUACACAUGUAACUGUUUCUUGUAUAUUCAUCGUUAUUUUUUUUAAAAACUAUUAUAUUCAAAGUUUCAAUUAAUACAAUCUCGCUUUUAUCUUAUGUAUACAGUUUCCUAAUGAAAGUACGUGGAUGAUGUUGUCUUACUGUGUGUUGUUGAACAAACUACGG